AUGCUGCUUCCAUGCAGCUCCAGGGCUUCCACUACUCCACUACCGGGGCCGGCGGGGCCGAGUGGCGUUCCUGAGGUCAGCUCGGGAAUGCCAUCGCCUCCACAAAGUCCCCCCCUCGCCGCCUAUGCCGUCACCAGUGACGAGCUGAGCAUGACGCAAAGCAAGCGUCGUGUCGGCGCGGCGCGCCGAGGGGGGGCAGCAUGCACCAUUGCGGAAGAAUGUGAGAGACUCUUCUGUGAGACGCUGCGGACUGUGUUCCUUGGUGAGGGGAACAUGUCUCGUCAGGACUCGCUAGCAAUGGGCAUGUACAACACGAACAACCACGACUACUCCACCGCCAUGGACGACGACGACGCGAAGAGGAUGGACGGCUCCUACGACAGCGGCAUCGGCAUGCCGUCGCCGCCCAGCGGCGCCUCGUUGGCUGUCGACUACGGCUUCCCGCAGCAGCAGCAGCAGCGCGGCCAGGUCGGCCAGUGGAUCGAGGUGUGGGACUAUGUCGGCGGCGCGCGCUUCCGCGGCUUCGUGGCCGGCACCGGCGACGAAAAGGCCAUGUUCGUCUUCUUCGACGCCGAGGCCACGGUGCGCGACCUCAAGCCGGGCCUGAUGGCGCUGAUUGAGCUGUGUGGCCUCGACGACUUCGAGUGCGCGCGCCUCAACGUGUGCCUGGACCGCAAGGCGCCGACCGAGGACAUGAAGGGCUUCAUGAAGGACCUCGGCUGGAUCGGCUUCGAGCCCAUCACGCUUGCCGAGUGGGCCGAGAAGCCGCCCAUCGUCAGCGACGCGUGGGUCUUCCUGGGUAUGGAGGUUUGA